AUGUCCGACGAAGCGCGAAAUCAGGCUGAAACGGCCAUUGACGAGCAAAGCAUGCCGUUGCCAUGGCAGGCCGGCAGCGUGACAGUAUACGGCCGUUGUCCGUCACAUAGUACGGAAAGUGUACGGCAUGUAGAUGUGCUGGUGGUUGGACGGGAGGCCGCGACCAACAACCCAUAUCGCCGAUACGGUUUGCGGGAGUCUCCUCUGAACGUGACAAAGCCGCAGUUUACAGUACCGCGCGAAAGCGCACCCUGCGGAUCCGCGAGCAACUGCGGCGGUGAGGAGACCGCGCAUCCACCAACUCUCAUAGAGUCUGAAGAGGCUUUGAAGAAAACCCAUCAACCGGUCCUUGCUGACGAAGAACGCCAGGCCGAGGAGGAGCUAUGUGCUAAGUUAAUCGAGACUGUGUUCAACGCUGCAAAGCCCAGCACGCGGCAUAAAAUGCUCCUGGGCAAGGGCAGUGGCAUACUUUGGGAGGCCUCUCCCUACUGCAGCUAUGCGAUGCGCGACGGAGUGCACGUCAUGUUCUCCGGAGAGGUCAGCGAAUGGCCAGGUGGCGUCAACGCGGUCUCGGCUGCGCAUGACGCAUUUGUGCGCAACACCCCCCCGCUCGAGGAGAACGACGCGCACUGGCUUCUGGACUUCUACAGCACGUUCGGCAAACCCACCUCGGACAGCACUGCGGCCACCGCGCUCGAAUGCAUGGCCCAGAUUAAGGGCAGCUUUGCGUUUGUCAUCUACGACUCGGUCCAUCAUCGUGUGUUGGCGGCCCGCGACCCCGAGGGCACCCAGCCGCUGUACUGGGGCUGCACGGAUGCUGGCCAGCUGCUGUUUGGCUCGGUAGCCGAGGACCUGGAGGGCUGCAACCCCACAGCGGCGCCCUUCCCCGCGGGCACCCUGUUUGCCAGCGAGCGGCACACGGUGGCGUACAGUCCUGGAGACUACGGCUGGGUCAUUGUGGACGACGACUACCCGGGGCUGCUGAUGUCGUUUGUCAAGAUGAGCCUGGAGGGGCAGGCCGGCUUCAGGAACGUCAAGGCCAUCCCUCGAGUCACGAGCAAGGGUGUCGUGUGCGGAGCGGUGUACAAGGUGUCGAGUGUCCCCAACAUCGACGGAGGUAUUUGCUGA